UGACGGAGAACACGCCCACUGCACGAAGCGCCUGGCCCUAGGAGCUUGAGUUCUGUCGCUGUGACGUCACUAACGGAAUGUAGUAAAAGGAACGCCCCUAGCCGGCGUCAAGCGGCGGUGUCGAUAGCAAAAUGUCAGGUCGUUCGGUGAGAGCCGAGACCCGCAGCCGGGCCAAAGAUGAUAUCAAAAAAGUGAUGGCGGCCAUCGAGAAAGUCCGCAAAUGGGAGAAGAAAUGGGUGACAGUUGGUGACACUUCAUUGCGGAUAUUCAAGUGGGUUCCCGUUAUUGAUGGAAGAGACAAGGAUAAAAAGGGUAGUACACCCCAGAGCAAUGCCUCGUCCACUGCCAACAACUCUCUCCUGCUGGAAUUUCAGGAUGAGACCAGCAACCAGAGCUCGCCCUCUGAUGUUUAUCACCUAAAGAUGGAAAGCAGCACAUCCAGCCCAAGCCCCCCACACAGCGAGUCCCCCAGUCCGGUACAUACCUCAGACUCCCAGCCUCCAACACUAGGACAAGAGAGUCUUGAUGAGCCCUGUGUGCCUCCUUCAGAAGUGGCCGAUGAACCGCCUACCCUAACAAAGGAGGAACCUGCCCUUUCUGCAGCUCAGGCUGAGGAGCUGGAGGAUUCAGGAGCCCCACCUUUAAAGAAGGUGUGCCGAGAUGUGCCUUUACAGCCGCCAGCUAAUCUCGAGACCUCGUUUCAGUGACAGAUUUGUACUCUAUCGUCCUGCUGAGACGUCUGUUGGAAAGCCUUAGUUGACAAUGUUUGCACAGGAGGCUGGAAGUUGUUUGACUUACCCACAAUGCACUUUGUAAUCGAAAGAAUCCCCCCCCCAGUCUCUAAUCAAAGGCCUUUGGUCUUGUCUUGGAGGAAAGUUGUGUUUUUAUUUUAAUUUCCCCCACACGCUAGAGAGCUGAACACGGCACUAAUGCUUUCACUAUUUCCAAGGCUGAUCUGACAAUACAUGUUCCCGGUACCAGUCUCGUACACAAAUGUGGAAAUCAGUUGUUCAUAACUGAGGCCUGAAGCAUAUUGCCUACUACGGAAAAAUAGCUCAGUGUUUGAACCACAAUUUGAUGUGUAGUCUGGGCUCGGUUUCUAGUGUAAUUGUUAUUUAGACAUAUUUCACAUUAUCUUCAGCCAUUAUUUGCCGGUUUGAUAGGAAUAGUGUAUCCUAAAGCCAUCUUCGGAACAGAUCUAGAAAGCAUGUGUGUUGUUUAAGCUGAAGAGCCUUAAAAGAGGUGACCGUUUCCAAAAAUACAGCCGAAAUGAUCUGCAGAGAGUCCCUUUAUAAUCGUAUUUCAUGUCAGAGACCAAAGUAACGUAUCCUUAUGAUCACUGCCAAACUCCAGAAUAUUGCACUCUUCUGAUAACACAUCAAACUGCACAAUAAAUAAUUACAAAAGCCAUUUACUGGAAAUUCCACACACCUUGUCCAAUAAAUCUGACCCUACAAAGAUUGACUCUAUUUUUCCUUUCUGUCCAAAAUGUCCCCUGGCAAGUUUUAAAGCACUUAGCGGUUCUCUGGAUGUGUUUUUGCUUAAGAGAAUAUUUUUAAUAAACAAAAGUAUUUGAAAAAAAAA